UAAAAUAAUGCAUCGCACCAUCGACCCCCAUUAAAAAUUCCCGUUCGCUCUCACUACUCUCACUUUUUCACUCUCUUUCAUGGUGUUUCUUCACCAGUAUUUUACCGUUGUAUGCUCAUACACAACCAACCGAUCGCGUUCGCGAAGAGCAUUGGACUUGUGUGGUGUUGCUUGUUGGAAUCGGUUGGCUCUACCGAUGUUGUGCGGAAUGGCUCCUCACAGUUAGCUUUUCCUGGUUGCAGUAUGUUCAAUGAUGUGGGCUAUAGAGUGAAAGAGCAGGCACGAAGGGGUGGGAGAUAUACACAUAGCAAUGAAGUUGCCGACGGGCGGAAGCAUGUUUUUCGUUUUCAUUUGCCACUCGCGCGGCUCGCGCCGAGAACCCGAGCCGGCUUGGUUUGGACGAUUCAUUCCGUAACCUACUUUGCUUCGAUACAUACACGCUUUUAGUUUAGCUCGGCACUACAAUUACUUCGUGUAGAUAGAUGAAUAGUUUUCAUUCAGCCAGCACUCAAAUAGCGGAGUUCUACUAUUAUAGACGACGAUGUUCAACGCUUUCAUCGUGGUCUCCCUGCUAGUACAAAUUGCCUGCCUAUUAUUGCCUUAAGUUUUUACAGGUUGGCAGGAAACGGUGGUUAAAUAUUUGUCAUUAAUGUGUACGUUAAGGGGAAAUGUCAAACUCAAUUAACUUUUCCUGGAGUCAAAUGCAAGUGUAUCAAAUUAAAACGCAUACAAAUAGUUGAAUGGCAAGAAAUGAAGUGAGAAAUAAUACCAAAACCAGUGACGAGAAAGUUUUUUGCUUGAAUGAAAAUUAAAUAGCGAAUUGUUGUAUACUUAUAACAUAGAGAAGUGUGUAAAAUUCUCUUAGCGAGUUGAAUUCUGUCAUCAGUUCCUGAAUCCUUCAACAUACGUCAAUUUAAAUCAAAGUGUUGCUACACUGGAUCUGCGAAUCAUAAACACGGAAAUCCUUGAUGUAGUGCAACAUUGAGCGAGUGCAGUGAUCUAACACAGCAUCGCAAGCAGCUGCAAUCUCUCCACUUGGAAUGAAAAAAGUAAACAGAUCCGCCAAUACAAAGAAAAAGAAACAGCUCGAUUGUGAUCGUGUUCGUUGCACAAUCUAUGGUUGUACACUACUCUAUUAAAUAAGUGCAAAUCUACUAGUGUGUGCGUAUGUCAUUCCUGUUACACCUUCUUCCAACUGAUCUUGGUGUGGUAUGAAUAAGAAACUAAAAUGUGUUGAUUGUUAACUCCUAUAUUCGGGGCAUAUUGUGGAAAUGAACGUCUAUAGUUCAGUGUUGUACAGGCGUUCAAUAUUCUCAACCAGUGAUCGUUGUCUUAAUGUAUUGCUAAGCAAAACUUUUGAACACAGCUUUUGUUGAUAUGAUAUGAAUGUGUACUUAUUCUAUCUUUUUCCGGUUUGUUCUGAGUUUAUAAGUUAGUACUUAUGCGCAGAUGGUGUUAGUAGUUGACUAUGAAAAGUGAGAGUGCAUGUAAUGCGAGAAAAAGACUUAAACUGUUUUCAUGAUGAUUCAGUGUAUGAGAUUCAAUGAGUGCAAGUUACUUUUGUGUGAUUUUGUGUAAAGGAUUUGUUAGUGCGAAUCAGAUAUUUGUAUUUUUUAUAAUUACACCAAAAGAGUGACAAUGUAUGUGUGGUUGUGAAUAUUUGUAUGGAAAAUAUUUUAAACUCAAAAUGCUGGAACAGUGCUACUCUCACUGCUGUUGGCAGUACAGAAUGUUUAAUACGUUUAAUCUAAAAUACGGUGAAAAUGAGAAAUGCAGUACAAUAGUAUUUUAGCAUAUACAUGAAGAAAUUGCAUGUACAUCGAAGUUAAGAAAUGGUGUGUUCGUAUUUGAAUUUAUUCGCUGUGAUAGUGCUAUGGCACGAAUAAAAAUAAAACGUUUUUCAACUCGUGCCGUUGUUAGCCACUAAAUCUAUGCCUAAAUUGAUAAAUCAGAGUUUUUUUUAGUUGUGAAUAAAACAUUCUGCACUAUAUUUAUUUCAUAAAAACAAGUUUAAAACACCACAACAUCUUUUAGAGGUGUUUGCCUGAGACCAUAACUUUGAUAUCGUGAUGCUAGAUAAUAAAUCUAAGCUACAAUGUAAACGUUUAGUGUUUAUGCGAAAACUGACGUGCGAUCGAUUGUGAUAAAUAUUUGAAAUACUGCUUCCUGACAAUGUGCGAAAAAUACCGAUUUUGCUAAAAUCAAAAUCGUAUUUCAAUUGAGGCAGUUUUCGGGGGAAAGCAGGAAGCAUCAAAAAUGACAUCAUUAGGAAUUAUGACACUGAGCCGUGGACCAUACAGCGAGCUCGAUAAAAUGAGCCUAUUUCAAGAUUUGAAACUAAAGAGACGAAAAGUUGACUCACGAUGUAGCAGCGACGGCGAAUCCAUUGCUGAAACGAGCACAUCGUCACCAGACCUUCUGCAGCCUGUGUCACCGAAGAUGUGUGAUCAGCAGCCUGCGCAUCUAGGCCUGCCACAAAAGGGCCGUUUGAUGGAAAUCAGCGAAGAUGGGCUGCAAAAGGAUCCACCUGACGCCUUAACUUCGUCACCAACUUCGCCAUCAAGUGUAGAUGAAGAACAAGAGCAAGUGUGCUCCACCGUUAGUGGUAUACAAACAUCUGCAAAUGAUGGCGGUAGCAAUAGUGCUGGUAUUAACGAAAAUGUUGAUUUACAAAUCACCAGCAAUUACCAUGCAAAUGGUUUGAAUGAAAACGAAUUAAAGGAUAGAAAUGCAUGCCGUGGUCAGGAAGAAGAGUAUAUUCUCACCAGCUAUGAAUCAGACGGUAGCAAUCUAGCAGCAACAGACACUUUGCUUUCAAAACCAUCAACAAAACCAACAAUAAACAGGUAUGACAACGCUACUGUACUAAAUACCAUUAAUCUGAAGGACGAUGCGUAUGAGAGUAGUAAUAUAGUGUCCCCCGACUGUUCACCAGAUGUGUUAACAGAGGAACACACAGACGGUAUAAAUGGUGGUCUGAGCAGUGCAUCAAACCUAUCCGCUGCUAGUGUUAUACGUUCUGUAGCUGAUGAACAACGACCUCGUUCGGUCAAUCCUCCGAUCAAUUUUACAACUACAUCGACGAGUACUAAAGAACAGAGAAAUAGUAGCAGUAUUUGUGACAACGUUCUCGACAAUAGCAACUAUGUACGAUUAGAUAGCGCUCCCAGUAUCAAAAUACAUACCGGCCAUAAUACUAACAACAUUCGGUGUGCUGUCCCUACCACUACAACAACAUGCCACAUAGAUAGUGGCGCUAGUAGUAAAACCACCAAUGCAAUACUAAUAAAAUCCAUUGAGUCGCUACACCAGCAAUACGACGAGGAGAGUGUUGGUGUGGAAAAUGAUAUAGAUUGUACGAAAGCACAAAACGGAGUGGCUGCAAGCGGUACUGCAAUAAACCCAUGCACUGACAACGUCAGAACUUUGUUUAGUAGUGAUCAAACACAACAUCAUGCAACGGUCCUUGUUACUCCCCCGUUAUCACGAAUGAAAAACAAUAACCUCUCAAACCCGCAAGGUAAUAGCACGGGAAACACAGCGACGGCUGCAGCUGCUGUAGCGGCAGCAGCUACGACUCUGGUAACACUAGGAAUGCGGAAGCAGCAAUCGUUGCCACCUCUUUCCACAAAGUUGACAGAAUCACCGUGUUUAUCCACACUAUCGUCAUCCACAUCGGCAUCUACAUCAUCGAUAUUUUCUUCGUGUUCAUCGAUACCCAACUCCAUCAUCGUAUCAAGUGACCAAAAUUUUUUUUACAACGACUCUAAUAAAAAUACUGGAAUUUCAAAUCGUAAUCAAAGAGAUGGAAAAGAAAUGAAUGAUGAUCAUAAAAGUAGGCAGAACAUCAUAUCACCGUCGAGGAUAGACUCUUCAACGUUCAGUGACACUACCACCACGAUUAACACUGCCACUAACACUACCGCCUCAGAGGAAUCCUCAUUGUCGUUAUCCUUUCAUCCUCAAAAAUCAUUCACUGAAGUUGGUGGAUUACCUUCAAAGAUUAUUUCUAGUCAAGUUAUAGCCUGUGCUGGAAACAUUAGUAGCGCAGUGCCUAAUAACUCUAGCCAGCAGCAGCAUGUAAUUAUAACGCAACAACAAAUGUUGCAAGCAAUGCACCAACAGAUUCGCAUAAAAAAGGAACGUCAACAAAAACAUUUGAUUGUGCAGAACAACCAUCGCACUGUUCACACAAGUUUUUCGGAGGUUCAUAAUGCCCAACAGCUAAUUAUAAAACGUGAACGUAGUGCAAGCAGCGGUUUAAAAUCACCAAAUUCGUCCGGUUCCGUAGCUCUUUCUCAUGCGGCAAUUAUACGUCAGUCCGCUAGUCCAGGACCAAUGGGAAAUGUUAACCAAAUGGGCCCGAUGCAACCACCGAUAUCUCCGCAUCAAUCUAUAUCAUACCGUCACCCAAACAGUCCUGUGCCCAUGGGUUCAUCGUGUGGUACACAAAAACCUCAGGUGAUUGUCAAACGCGAACAUGCAUCAUCGAUACAUCAACAGCAAUUCCACCUUCAGCAUCAACCUCCAUCGAUAGGAAGAACUAUUAACGUUGGUGCAUUAAGUCCAGCUGGGAAUUUCACAACAAACAAUCUACCUACAACCACGUCUUCGUUUGCAUCCACGGUUGGUUGUCUGUCGAUGCGUAAUCCGAUUCGUGAUACUGCUUUAUUGUUUCGUGUGAAAAAUGAAACAAAUGCGUUAUUAAGUCAACAACCAAAACAACAACAACAGCAGCAGCAACAGCAGCAGCAGCAGCAGCAGCAGCAGGAGCAGCAGCAGCAACAGCAACAGCAACAGCAACAGCAGCAACAACAUCAGCAACAACAUCAACAGCAUCAGCAACAACAUCAACAGCAUCACCAAAAACAAAAUCAUCGCAUGGUAUGGCCAAGUCCCGCAGCAUUAUCUGGAACUGCAGUAGUAUCUUCCGGAGUUAUGACACCUCACCGAAUUAAUGGCGUAAAACCAGAAGUUAUAGGUGGUCCUUUGCCACCUAUAAGAAGUCAGAUAUUAUCUCCCCACCACACGCAUCAACAACAAACGCAGCAGCAGCAACAACAACAUUCUCUUCAUAAUCACCAACAGCAGCAAUCGCCACAGCAUCAUCCUAGUAGCUCGGGGUCAAAUGCAUCACAAACCCCUGCACGUAUGACACCGACUGUAAUAAUGGGUGAAUCAUGCGGCGUACGUACGAUGGUAUGGAGCUACGAUACUACGUUGCAAAAAGUCCAUAACACUAAUUCAACAAAUACUGUUAGAAGUGGAAGUACGGACACCGAUUCAGUGUCUGGUAUAGCCACGGUAGGUAGCAACAACGCAGGAAACAAUCUCGGAACCCAACUGCAGCAUCAUCCACAACAACAAUUGACACAUCAUCAACAUUCGCAGAAUCAACAGAAUGCGGCAAGCACAGUUAAUAACCAUCAACAAGUACAUCCUAAUCAAACAAAUGGUGGGAUCGCAAAUACUAGCAAUAGUAGUAGUUCUGAAAUCAUCGAAAAUAGCAACAGCAACAAUAGUUCCCACAACACUGUGUCGCAAAAUAGUAACAACGAAGAGGCAGCACAUCUUCUCUUAAGUUUGGGACAGUCAGUUGUACCGAAUACGUCGCCAACUGCAGCUGCAGUAGCGGUUGCCGCAGCGGCUGUUGUCGCAGGUCAUACUCAAUCUUGGCAGGGAACGAACCAUGUUCGCACUAACUUACCACUUAAUAUGGAGCGGCUGUGGGCCGGGGACUAUGCUCAAUUUUCAUCAACGGGAUCUCAGCAACAACAGCAAGCUCUUAACCUUACAUCUCAACAGCAGCAGCAACAACAAAAUAUAUCUUGGAGCUUGUCUGGUACAGGAUCUGCGGGUGGGCCGAAAAAGGAAAUAUUAGACGACAUGCCGCCGGACGAUGACGAUCAACCGUUGGUGUGCAUGAUAUGUGAAGAUAAAGCAACAGGAUUACAUUAUGGCAUAAUAACGUGUGAAGGGUGCAAAGGGUUCUUCAAGCGAACUGUGCAGAAUCGUCGAGUAUAUACAUGUGUAGCUGAUGGAACUUGUGAGAUAACAAAGGCUCAGCGCAACCGUUGCCAGUAUUGUAGGUUUAAAAAGUGUAUCGAGCAAGGCAUGGUGCUUCAAGCGGUUCGAGAAGAUCGUAUGCCCGGUGGUAGAAAUAGUGGAGCUGUUUAUAACUUGUAUAAAGUUAAAUAUAAGAAACAUAAAAAGAGUAACCUGAAAUCGACUACCACUAAGUUACAGCAAGGUUCUGGUGCCAUUGGAGCCGCUAUCACUAAUCUUAGUGACAUCGGAGUAGGAGCAGGAGGUUCGCUGCAACUAGGCAGCGGUAUUGGUUCUGUUGGAAUCGCGGAAAGUCCAAAGUCUUCAAAUGCGUAUCAGCACGCACAUUUAUCAACGCACCUUCAACACCAUCAUCUGCCUUCGACAACUUCCCCAGCGUUGGUUAAAUCAGAGAGCAUGAAUUUGAACUUAAUGAACGGUACCAUCCUCAAAACCGCUCUCACCAAUCCGAGUGAGAUCGUGCAUUUACGACACAGGCUUGAUAAUGCCGUAAGCUCAUCUAAGGAUAGAUCGAUUUCGUACGAACAGGCCUUGAAUAUGAUACACACCCUAAUUGACUGUGAUGCAAUGGAAGAUAUAGCAACUCUGCCGCAUUUUAGUGAAUUCCUCGCAGAUAAGUCAGAGAUUGGUGACAAGCUGUGUAAUAUUGGCGACUCGAUCGUACACAAGCUGGUCUCGUGGACACGCAAGCUUCCGUUUUAUACGGACAUUCCUGUCGAAAUACAUACUAAAUUGCUGACGGAUAAGUGGCAUGAGAUACUGGUUUUAACAACGGCUGCCUACCAAGCUAUGCAUGGUAAGAAGAAUAUCAGUGUUACCCAAACGCCAAGUGCAGGACUGGUGCUAACACCGGAUAAAAAUGAUCCCGAGUUCACUGAAGAGAUAACUGCCCAUUUGAAUACGUUACAAUCCUGCCUUACGACCCUAAUGGGACAUCCAAUAUCUAUAGAGCAACUUAAGAUCGACGUUGGCCAAAUGGUGGAGAAAAUGACCCAAAUUACGAUAAUGUUUCGUAGAAUUAAACUAAAAAUGGAAGAGUAUGUUUGUCUGAAGGUGUACAUUCUACUUAAUACAGAAGUUGAGCUGGAAAGCAUACAAGAAAGAUACGUACAAGUACUUAGAAGUUAUCUGCAACACACUGUUCCACAUAAUCCCAAUCGACUGAGUGAUCUUCUGGCGCAUAUUCCAGAGAUUCAAACGGCAGCUAGUUUGCUCCUGGAGAGCAAAAUGUUUUAUGUACCCUUCGUUCUAAAUUCUGCCAAUAUUAGGUAGCGAAUGAUCGAUCGAGUCGUAAAAUUGCCAUCGAACAUUAAUCGAAGUUCUUGUGAUAAACGUCAAGAGAAGCUGGAACAAAAUUGCUUGUACUGCAGUAGAGUUACUGAUGAAGAUCACUGCCUGAACGAUCAUGAGCCUUUGUAUAGCAAAAGAAAUCAUAACUACUCGAUGGUAGGAUGUUCCUUUUUGCAUGAAAUUACCCCGAUGUCGUUAUCGACAACCAAGGAGCAAGAAUUGGCGUCCGAUUCUACUGCUGCCAGCAUGCAGACCAGAAUAAAUUCAUCACUGGGAAUGACUUCCAAAAGGCUAAUUAAGAUGAACACACCCGAUAGCAACAAUGACAUUGAAAAUACCAAGAUUAGCACGGACGUCCCAAGUUUCACUGCCGAUAUACAUAAUUUUAACAAAAAUUGUCGUAUUAGUAAUAAUAAUUACGAUGUACAUAACAAUUCUGAUGAUACCAAUAGCACCAAUGCCGUAACAAUAUUUGUUAUUAAAACAGUGUUACCUGAUGAUUAAUCACUUCGAGACAUUCGAGGCCAUAAUAAAGCACAGUCAAUAUGGGAUACGUACCCAUUUACAAAAUUUUGACUACGAUCGGAUCCUAAAACUGUAAAAUAGAUAGGAAAACGCUACCCCGUUUCGUCGCACGAUGAGUUAUAUCUCUUGUCUCAUAUACAUUUUCUGCUUUUGAACAUGGAGUUCCGUCCUUGGCGAGACGCAUUUUUGCCAUAUUACAUUGGAUAGGUGGAAUUGGAACUAUUCUUUCAAGUUCGAUUCCAGUGAGCGAUUUGACAUGAAAAUUCUUCUUGCUAGUGUUAUAACAAGCAUCAAAUCAGAAUUGGUUUUAGUUGUAAUUAUUCUGCUGGACCGAUCAAAACGAUUGAUAUCAUGAUGAAAUCAUCUCUGUUCUUGUGCUGCCUUUCAUUUAAAUGAAAAUAAUAUUAUGUUUACCUUUUAUUUGACAUUCUGACAGUUAAUUUCCUCUCGGCACGAAACUGACCACGGGCAUGCAAAUUUUCACUUUUUUUUAUUCAUUUUCAAAAUGUCUUUGUGGAAAAGAUGUUACAAGCUUUCUGGCGUAUUUAAUUUCUUCCCACCUUAUCCAAUGUAAUAUGGCCAUUAUGGCUUAAAUUCCACAAGCAAUUAAUUCUUUCCACUUUUGGUGCUGCGGAUUUCGUGUCAUCUUUAACGAGAGACAGUAAGAAAAAUUUCAUCGUAAAAUAAUCCUUGUCCCCUUUGUUCAUAAAAAAAUAAUAUACAAGUAAACGCAUUUAUUCAAACAAAUAUUGGCUAGCAGCAGUAACAUAGGUCUCAUCGGUAAGUUUCUCUAUUGAGUUGAGUGGUUUGCGUGGCACAUAAAUGACAUGUACGUUGUUAAAAUUGCGAUAAUGUGACACGGUGCUGCUAUCAACUGAUUACAUGGAGGUAUAUGAAGAUUUACGUUUAAUAUAAUAAUGUCGUAUACUAAUGGGUAAACCUAUCUUCUGAAACUCCAUACAAUCAUUACACUGCUGUUGGACGAUGAUGAUUACGAAGAGGGUUCGAGUAGUAUAUAUAAUGAAAUCAGGACAGCUGGUCAGCAACGUCUAGUUUGAUUAAUUUUUGUUUAAUAUGAAUUCCGAUACCGGUAGGUAAAGAAAUUCAGAUGCUGAUGAUGUGUUUUAAGCAAUUACAUUGCAAGAAGUGAAAACAUUCAUUUGUCGUGGUUCACAUUCAUAAAAGAUUUCAUAGCUAUAAUGCAGAAAAUGCAUUAGACAAGUAUCAUCAACUCACAGAAAAAAUCACCUUACUCAUAAAAACAUUCGAGGAAAUAUUUUUUUUUCCAAUACUAAGAAGUCUGAAAUGAAUGCCUUCUAUAUUAAAUUAGCAAAUUACUGAGCAUAAGAAAGCAUAACACAAAACACGCUAGCGUUUUACAAUAAAUAGGCAAAAUAUUGGAUAGAAAAGUAAUAGAUUAAUACAAUACAGAAAUCAACAUGGUGGGUGGGCGUAAGUAUAGGGUGUUGAAGGAAUCUAAAUAAGUAGAAUGUACCAAAAUGUCAGCAAAAGUUCUGUUGAUAAACGUAAUAUUUGCGUUGAAGCGUUAUAUGAUACAAUGAAUCAUCAGAUAUAAUUUUUUAACGAUA